AUGGCAAAGGAUACCAACCAACAAGUCGAACGUCAACGUAUUGUCAUUGUACCAGGUAUGGGAUGUGUACCUGUACGAGAUUGUGAUUGGUAUGCAUGGCUUGAACAAGAACUUACAAAGAAUCCAUCUGGUCAAUUUUCUGUUAUUCUUGAAGAUAUGCCUGAUCCUCGUGGUGCUCGUGAAUCUCAAUGGAUACCAUUUAUUCGAGAUACACUAAAAUUCGACGAAAAAACGAUAUUAAUUGGACAUAGUUCUGGAUGUGAAGCAACCAUGCGAUUGCUUGAAAAAGAUAAAGUACGUGGAGUGAUACUCGUGGCAGCCUGUCAAACUGAUUUAGGUAAUGAAAACGAACCAGCAAGUGAAUACUAUAAUCGACCAUCCGAUUGGAAUGUUAUUCGAACCAACACAGAAUGGAUUGUUCAAUUUCAUUCUCCAAGUGAUAAACUCAUUCCAGUAGCAGAAGGACGUUUUGUGGCCGAUAAACUAAAGUCUGAAUCCAUGGAAUUAGAACGCCGUGGUCAUUUUAUGAGUAGACAAUUUCCAGAAGUCCUGUCCGCGAUUAAAAAAAAGUAUUGUACCUUGGGGAAGCCAGAAUUUCGACACAAGGAAUUUUCGGCCUGGAACUUCAGACCGGUCCUCAAUUCCGGCGGCGUUUCGGCCCAGGUCCAAAUAUCACCGGAAAUCCGGCCCGGGACGAAAUUCAUCUCACUGCUGUUUAUAAAAAAUAGUCUAGCUUCAAUGAAUAGUUAGCACAUUUCCAUAGUGCUGAGCAGUACAACGUAGUACUGAACAGUACAAUGUAGUACUGAGCAGUACCAUGUAGUACUGACGAGGGAACAUUCCCAAGUGUCACAUCGCUUUUGAGUCGAGAGUAUGAGCAUCAUGUAGGUCCUAGUGAUCUAUGAACACCCUGAAAAAAGUUCGUGCCGCUAGCUGAUUGGUGCCGAGAUAUUGCAUUUUUACGGUAUUCUUAAAAAAUGAAAGCUGUGGCCCCCCUCAGGAACAUCAGAAAACCUAAUUUUCGAAUUUCGAUUUAGAACUUUGCAAAGAGAUAGAUCUUGAUGGGAAUAGUUUAUUGUAA